GGCUGGGGCAAUGCAGACUGUGAAGUUGGGGAGGCUGAUCUAGGUGGGUGUCCACUCAGCCCACUGAGUCUGGGGGCAGUGGGGGGCUUUGGGCCAGGGAAUGCAGCCCGAGAAUGCCUUGGGUGCAUCAAAAAGAGACAGACCUAUCUUCCCUCCCCCCUUUUCCCUCACUUUCCAUUCAUCCAUUUGUACUUUUCCUCUCCAGUCUUUUUUUCAAUGUGCAAUGAGUACCUGAAGAGUGGAUCCCAGGGUUUAGGGAAGACUCUGUUUCAAUUCAAGCUCAGUGUUCAUUCCAAAAGUUUGUAGAGCCCAUGGGGUGGGGUUGGAUGGAGUGGGACUUGGAAUUUCUUUUCACUAUUUGAGCCCUAACUCCCUUACACAGUGAGCCUGGCUUUACAAUGCUAAAAAAUAUAACUGGACAUCUGUCCAGCCCUUCAAAGCUUAUAAGCCAAUCCCCCAUAUAAUAUUUCAUUGAAUUCUACUGAUUUAGGAAUUCUUCUUUAGAAGAAGGGGUUAAGUGACUUGCACAAGACCAUCAUCAACUUAUGAGUGGCCUGGCCAGCUGAUUUAAAAUAUUCAGGCCAAUAUCAUUAUUCUCCAGGGAGAUGGGCAGAGGCUGCAAAGGGGUGUGAACUGUUGGAGAGGUGCAAAUGGAGCCUGAAACCCAGGGUCAGGAGGGCUGGGCAGGAGAAGGCAUCCCUAUUUUCAGUUCCAUGUAGAGUAAGCCUUGAGCUCUUGCACACCUGGCCAGCUCACAAGACCGUCUCGGGCAACAGAGGUCACGCAGAGUCUUCUAGGGAGAGAGACUGCUCAGCAUGGGCCUCCUUGACUGACUUGGAGCAGCCCCCUGGCUCAGAAGGGCCAACACUGGGUCAUCUGGAGAGCAGUUACUUGUUUGGGUUCUUUUGCACCCCUAGAUGAAGCUGACAGUGGGAUCCCAGGGUCCUGUCUGGAUUUCCAGGGCAACAAAACUUUGGGGUCUCUCCUUCAGAGUGGGAUUGUUGAGAGAACUCUUUCUAGAAGCAGACCUGGCCGGGGAGAGAGCAGAGCCAUCCAGGGCUCUCUGUCUUACUCACAAAGCCUCCUUUGAUUCUGUUUCUUUCAAGGAAGUACCAGGUUGGAAACCAGAUUUUGGGGCUUGGAAAAGCACCUUGCAGUUAAUAUUUGGCAGGAGCUCUGCAGAGAUAAGGGCUGAACCCAGAGUGGGGCCAAGCAGCAGGGUGUGGAUGUGACUCAGGUUCCUGGGGGCUCCGACCCUCCCUGCUUGGUCACGUGCCCCUUGGUCGCUUCCUCUUUCCUCAUAAAUGGGCCUUAGGGAAAUCCCCCCUGGGCACUUUAAAGAAGCUUCUGGGCUUUGUGCAGAAGCCAGCAGCUCCAGACAAAGGGUCAAGAUGAGGCCCUGCCUCUCCUGCCUGAUGGCCCUUCUGUUGCUCCUCAGCCCGGCUGCUGGAAAUUUGGGGGGUUUGAAGCUUGUGACACCCAACUCUGACUCCAGCUUCUUCCUGGGCUCUGGCUUAGGCUUCAACUCCAGCUCCCACUCUGGCUCCAGCUCUGGCUCCCACUCUGGCUCCCAGCCUUUUUCCAAUUUCACUGGCUCCGUGGAUGACCGUGGGACCUGCCAGUGCACCGUUGCCCUGCCGGACACCACCUUUCCCGUGGUGAGAGUGGAGCAGUUGGAAUUCACAGCUCACACUCUCUCCCAGACGUUCAAGACAGAGCUCUCUAAGGUGAGGGAGUAUGUCCAACUAAUCAGAGUAUAUGAAAAGAGAUUCUUCAACCUCACUGCCCGAGUAGAGAUCAUGGAAAAGAAUUCCUUUUCCUACACUGAACUAGACUUUGAGCUGAUCAAGAUAGAAGUGAAGGAGAUGGAGAAACUAAUCAUACAGCUGAAGAAGGGUUUUGUUGGGAGCUCAGAAGUUGUUGACCAGCUGGAAGUAGAGAUAAGGAAUAUGACUCUCCUGGUAGAGAAGCUUGAGACCCUAGACAAAAACAAUGUCCUGGCUAUUCGACGAGAAAUCCUGGCACUGAAGAAUAGACUAAAGGAAUGUGAGGCAUCUAAAAGUGAAAAUGCUCCCGUGAUCCUGCCUCCUGCUCCAGGGAACUGUAGCCAUGGAGGUGUGGCAAACAUCAGCAAGCCAUUUGUGGUUCAGCUCAACUGGAGAGGGUUUGAGUAUAAGUAUGGUGCCUGGGGUCGGGAUUAUUCUCCUGAGAAUCCAGAUAAAGUACUGUAUUGGGUGGCGCCUUUGAACACAGAUGGGAGAUACUUGGAAUAUUACAGACUCUACAAUUCGCUGGAUGAUUUGCAGCUGUACACAAAUUACCGACAGUAUCGGGUAAUCUACGGCCAAGGCAGUGGCACAGCAGUGUACAAAAACAACAUGUAUAUCAACUUCUACAACUCCCAGAACAUCGCCAAAGUUGACUUGACUACCAACACGGUGGCCGUGAGACGCGCUCUCCCGGGUGCUGUCUAUAAUAACCGUUUUUCCUAUGCUAAUGUUGGGUGGCAAGACAUGGACUUUGCUGUGGAUGAGAAUGGGCUGUGGGUGGUUUAUGCAACUGAAGCCAGUACAGGGAACAUGGUGAUCAGUAAACUCAAUGACACUACACUUGAGGUGAUAAACACUUGGCAGACCAGGCAGUACAAGCCAUCUGUUUCUAAUUCCUUCAUGGUAUGUGGGGUUCUGUAUGCCACCCGCACACUAAACACCAGAACAGAAGAGAUUUUUUACUACUUUGACACCAACACUGGGAAAGAGGGCCACCUAAGCAUUACAAUGCCUAAGAUGCAGGAGCGAGUGCAGAGCAUCAACUAUCACCCUUUCGACCAGAAACUUUUUGUCUAUAAUGAUGGCUACCUUCUGUAUUAUGAUCUUACCUUCCUGCAGAAACCCCAGUAAACUAUUGAGGUGUCAGAGUGAGAGAGAAUGCUUGUUGACAAAUGAUCUUCUCCACUGAACUUAGUUAUUGGCAGGGGGACCCAGAAGUGUGUUUAUUUAGUAGUAAUAUUUGGGAGCAUGGUUGCACUACACUAGAGUUUUAGGAUAUUUGAGAAGGGUAGAUGAGUUCUCUUGGAAGUCAGAUAUGUUCUGAGAUGCAUUUUUCCAACUGAAAUAAGUCCCUUCCAGGGUGGGAUUGUCAGAGAUGUAGAGGCAUUAUGGAUCAAAUAGAGCCUACAGUGAGGUGACAUCUGGAAAUUAAGGAAUUGAAGAGAACUCAGUAAGGCUUUUUGGGAUUGUUUGUUCAAGAGAGAGGGCUCAGUGAUGAGUCUUUUCCCUGAAGCCCUGCUAAUUCUUCCAUGCCUGAAAGGAACCUGGGGCUUAAUUAGGCAGAUUAGUAUCUGAAGCUCCUUAUGUGACCAGAUAUAUUCAGCUUUGUUUUUCUCACUAGCACCUGGAACCACAUUUUGUACAUAGCAGAUAUGUAACUUUGGCAUGCUUCUGGCCUACCUGUAAGAUGCUCUGAUUUUUCUGGAGAAAAGCCCUUUUAUACAUUAAAUUGUACAUUGCAAAUCAGUCCCAGAUGGAUCUGCAGGUGAGGCACUUGAUCUUUCUUUUCCCCAUUGUCCAUCUAAUAAGAGUCAGUAGAACCCUCCUACCUCAUAACUUCAUUACAAAGUUGGCAUGGAAAAUUAGAACCAGACUUACCAAACUAUUCCCUCCAUCACCUCCUUAUUCCCUGCUUUUCCCCCAAUUAAUGAGUUUUCAAUGGAGCAGAUAUGAGAUAAACAAAACUAAUCUUCUUUUGUCUCAUCAUGAACUUUUAUUUACAUGACUCUAAGAAAAACAAAUGGCAGUGAUAAAAUGGCAUCAUAUCUGAUUAUAUAGUAAAGCCAUUGGAAUGGAUGGGAGACUUGUAUUAAGUCAUAUCAGUUAUUUCAUGGGAAUUUUUUUAAAGGUGUGAUUGUUUUCUUCCUUUAAGCCUGGAAGUUAUAAGAAAAUGCAAAAUUUACCUUUUUUUUGCCCUUAGGAAGAGAUGUACAAAGCUAUUGAGAAUGUCAGUCCUAUAGUUGAAAACCUUGCAGGUGUUUGGGCUUCUGUGAUUUUGGUUGGCUUCACCAUCUGUCUCUAUGUGCCACUGAUGUUCAUGAGUUCUGGUCUAUAGUAUGGGUUCCUUAA